UUAUUCAACAUCAAAAGUUCUCAUUCUGUGUGUGAGAAAGUAAGACAGCUAGCCAUACUACAAAUUCCAAUGCUGACGUCAUAAUUUACUCGAUUUUUACCCACAAAGCUAAGCGGAAAGGAUGGUUGUUGUUAAUGGCGACCAGCAGGAGUAGCAUAAAAGAUGGACGAUAGUCCAGGUAAUCAAAAUAUCUCGGGUCAAAUUAGUCCUGUAGGAACAGGAGUGGGAAUUACUGGAAAACCAAACCAGGAAGAACACAACCAAAGACCUCACUAUUCAAUACCUGGAAUUUUGCAUUUUAUUCAACAUGAAUGGGCGAGGUUUGAAAUGGAACGGGCCCAGUGGGAGGUUGAAAGAGCAGAGCUCCAAGCAAGGAUAGCCUUUCUUCAAGGAGAAAGAAAAGGACAGGAAAAUCUAAAAAAUGAUCUAAUUAGAAGAAUAAAAAUGUUAGAGUAUGCACUAAAGCAAGAAAGGGCAAAAUUUCAUAAGCUCAAAUAUGGAACAGAGCUUAGUACUGUGGACUUAAAGGGGUCGGUUUAUGAAGAUUUAACAAAAGAUGAACCUGUUGAUGGAGAAACAUUUAAUAGCACACUUUCAUGGAAGCAAGGUAGACACCUUCUUAGGCAGUAUCUUCAGGAAAUUGGUUAUACUGAUACCAUCAUUGAUGUUCGUUCAUCACGGGUGAGAAAUUUGUUAGGAUUGGGCCCAAAUAGUACAGAGUCUGAGGAAAAAAAAAACACCCCUAUGGUUAAUGGUGAGCAAUCUUUAAAGAGGGUCACAGAUACGCAAAAAAGAGCUCCUGGGAAAAAAACAACAAACUCGGUAACAGAAAAUGCACUUAGGGAAACGGAAGCUUCAGUACUUGCAACAUUUGACUUUCUUUCUUCAGAUAUGGAUGAUGAAGAAGAAGAAAAUCUGAGCAGUGAUGAAGAAGGAUGUGAGGCAGAAGAUAGAAUUGAAAAUAAAAGAAUUAUUUCAAAACCGAUG